ACACUAUACCUCCUGGAUUUCAUCAACGGAUAAUACUUUGUUGCUGGUGCUUUAAGGAUUGUCAAGACAUCGUUUGGGACCCUGCCACACUUUGUUUAGCUAAAGCAGUUUACAGGUCCAAGCUUGUUGGUCCAUGCAGAAAACUACUAAGAGUCUUCAGAUUCAAAUUCAAAAGACCUGUCUUUAUAAGAGCUCUUCGACAAGAUAAACCCAGAAAAAGAAAAUUUCCAAGUACUGGGGUUACAGCAUUGCUUUCUGGGUUCCAAUCACUUAGGCCAACCGAAAAAAUGGACAGACUUGUUGAGCUUAGGAGCCUAUCGAAUAAAGGACUUGAAAGGGUGCAUUUUCCUUCACCUCUUACACCAGCUUACUUGAGGGCCAGCAGAGCAAGGAAGACAGAACCCUCUGGUAAUGAUGAGGUUGAAGAUGCGUGCAGGAGUUUCGAGAACUAUUUGGUCGACAUGAUUGUGGAAGAAGGGAAAACGAGAGACUUGAUGGAUGUCGAGGAGCUUCUCUAUUGUUGGAAGAAUCUCAGCUGCCCAGUCUUCAAGGAUUUAGUUUGCAGAUUCUAUGGAGAGCUCUGCAAGGACUUGUUUUCACCUGCAGACAACAACGACAUUGAUAGUCCCAAGUGAUUACCCUGGCUUUCUGCGAUUCCAUUACUGACAAUAUGAUUGAAUUAUCAAAGAAAAUAAAACUGAUUGUCCAACAAUAAUUCACUGAACGUUUAACUGCAAUUCAGUUCUACAUUUUUAAUGUACAGAAAAGUCGGUCACAAUGCAUGAAAAUAUAAGUAGAAAGUGUAACCUCGAUUCCACAAUUAACUAGGCAUUAGAUUCAAAUAACUAUUGAGAUAAGAUUAAAGAAGAGCAAUAGCUUAAUCUUUCGUAAUGGAUAUAU